CUCUCUCUCUCUCUCUCUCUCUCGGGUGGAUUAUUAAGUAUUAGAAAUUGCAGAUAAAGGCCUCGACCUCGAUAGAGAGCGAACCUUACCUCACCUCACCUCCCUGCCUGCACUUUAUUCCCCCUUUCAAAUUCGCUGCUUUGCAUUCUUGCUGUACUCUUUAGUCUUUUUUUUUUACUCACAACGAGGUUUUUUUCCAAUAAUCUCUCUCUCUCACGUGCUCUUCUUCAUUACUUCACCCUCUAUAUCCUCAAAGUUUCAAACUGAAAGAAAAGGUGCAAUAACCAACUGGGCUGUCAUCAACAUUGUUGUGUUGUGCUUCUAAGAUAUUAGUAAUAAUAGUUUCAUAUAUGAAGUUUUCUCAACAAUGAGAGAUGAAAACUUGAAGAAAACCACCAAGCUUUCAUGGCCAAAAACAUUGGUCAAAAAAUGGUUCAAUAUCAAGACCAAAUCUCAAGACUUUCAAGCAGAUGAUGUCAUUUGUCAAGUUGUUGAUGAAGAGUAUGGGAGCAAUUACUCAAAGAUGGAGGCAUGUUCUAUCAAAAAAAGCAUAACAGAGAGAUCAAGCAGAACGUACAUAGAUAGAAUGCAAAGAGGUAAGAGUUACCUUGGUGAAGCUCAGGUUACAGAUGUAUGUAAUUAUAGAAUAUUCGUUGCCACUUGGAACGUGGCCGGGAAAUCACCUCCAAGUUAUUUAAGUCUGGAAGAUUGGCUUCACAUUUCUCCACAUGCUGAUAUCUAUGUUCUUGGGUUUCAAGAAAUUGUGCCUCUCAACGCCGUUAAUGUUUUGGGAACAGAAGACAAUGGUCCUGCAAAAAAAUGGCUAGCCCUUAUAAGGAAGACACUGAACAACCUUCCGGGAACAAGUGGUGGAUACAACACUCCUUCUCCAAUCCCUGCUCCUAUUGUAGAGUUAGAUGCUGAUUUCGAGGGAUCAAUGAGGCAGAAGGCAACCUCUUUCUUCCAUCGGAAGUCCUUCCAAGCCAUGAGUCGUAGUAUGAGAAUGGAUAAUGAGAUGUCACUCCCACAAACUGGCCUUGGUCGUCGUCUCAGUGUCUGUGAUAGAAUGAUAUCUGGUCACAGGAAAAGUGACUAUGACACCAAUUGUCGAUGGGGUUCCUCGGAUGAUGAAAAUGGAGCUGGUGACUCCCCAACAGAUUAUUCGCCAAUUUCUUAUAGUGAUUGUUUUCCUACCGACGACAGUGACAGACCGAGAGGAAACUCGAGAUACUGUUUGGUUGCUAGUAAGCAAAUGGUAGGGGUAUUUCUAACAGUUUGGGUGAAAAGUGAUAUCAGAGAUGACGUUCAUAACAUGAAAGUGUCUUGUGUUGGAAGAGGAUUGAUGGGAUAUCUUGGAAACAAGGGUUCAAUAUCAAUUAGUAUGUCAUUGCGCCAAACGAGUUUUUGCUUCGUCUGUAGUCAUUUGACUUCCGGACAAAGGGAUGGUGACGAGCUUAGGAGAAAUUCAGAUGUAAUGGAGAUUCUCAGAAAGACAAGGUUUCCUCAUAUCCUUGACACAACCGAUGCAAAUUCUCCUCAGACAAUUCUGGAACAUGACCGAAUAAUUUGGCUGGGGGAUUUAAAUUACCGGAUAGCACUUUCUUACCGUGGAGCAAAAGCUCUUGUUGAAAUGCAUGAUUGGAAGACUUUGUUAAAGAAUGACCAGCUGUGUAUAGAGAAACGGCAAGGCCGUGUCUUUACCGGAUGGAGUGAAGGGAAAAUAUAUUUUCCUCCUACAUAUAAGUAUUCAAACAAUUCAGAUAGUUAUGCAGGUGAUGAUAGACGCUCAAAACAAAAGAGAAGAACUCCAGCAUGGUGUGAUCGUAUCUUGUGGUAUGGAAGUGGCCUACAACAAUUAUCUUAUGUUCGCGGCGAGUCAAGAUUCUCUGAUCAUAGACCGGUUUGUAGCAUAUUCUUGGCAGAAGUUGAGUCUAUUAACAGUAACCAAAUAAAGAAAGGUUCUACUUGCUCCAGUUCCAGGAUUGAAAUAGAAGAGUUAUUGCCACAUUCACACGGUUACAACUUCCAUUUCUAUUGAUGUUUACAUGUGAAUGUAGUUUUCUUUCCCUGAUAUCAACUCUGACUAAUUGAGGGAAUUUCGACUGAUACAUCAAACUGUGCCAGACAAGGUAUGGAAUGCUAUGAGGGAUGUUAGCCGCAAUGGUGAUCGAGUCGAGACAUUCUGUUACCUUCGAAGUCCCUAAGAAGCUGCAGAGUUUAUGGAUUUGUUAACGCCUGUUGAGUAUGAAUAUCUGCAGCUCACAAUCUUAUCGAGGGUAGGAUAAUGGCUGAGAGUUAAGGAUUUGGUGUUACAGGUUUCACAGCCACCACUCUCACAUGCAAAAAUACACCGCUGCCAUAUGCAGUAGUGGUUGAUGAAUCUGUAAUGUUUGGAACAAAAAUGGAAAAAAGACUAAUGGGAAGAGAAAAUUGAGAUGAUAAGAUUGUAAAGUAAGUGAGUGCAGUCUAUGUUUUGUUGUUCUCUUCCAUUUUAUAGUAUUUGGUGCAAAGGUUAUGCGACAUUCUUUUCCUUCUUCUUUUACUUUUGAAAUUGGGAUCAAAGGAAAUAUGGGUUAUUAUAGACAUGAACCCAAAAAUUAAAUUUAAAUUAAAGUGGACAAAAUCGAAUUAUGACAGUUAUUAUGGUUUGUAAGAAAUGUUAUGUAAAGUUUUUAGUGUUACAAAAGCUUUUAUAUUUGGUUGUUUGAA